GCACUUGAAAUCAUAAUACCUUCAUUAUGAUUAUGGCUGCUAAACUCUCUCUUCAGCUGUUUGGGAUGCUUUUCUUCCUCAUAAGCUUGUUGGCUCUUACUAAGCCAGCAAUGGCAGAUGAAGAUGAUGGCAUCCCAGCGGAUUUUAACCGUAGUUAUUUUCCAGAAGAUUUCAUUUUUGGGACAGCCACUUCUGCUUACCAGAUUGAGGGUGCAGCAAACAAGUCGGGCAGAGGAGCUAGUGUCUGGGACACAUUUGCCCAUCAGUAUCCAGAUAGGAUAUUGGAUGGCAGUAAUGGAGAUGUUGCAGUUGAUUUUUAUAACCGCUACGAAGAAGAUAUACAAUACGUGAAGAACAUGGGCUUUGAUGCCUUUAGAUUCUCCAUUUCAUGGCCUAGAAUUAUACCCAGUGGAAGGAGAAGCGAAGGGGUCAACGAGGAAGGGAUUGAAUUUUACAAUAAAGUUAUCAAUGAAAUUAUAAAAUAUGGCCUAAAACCUUUUGCUACUAUUUUUCAUUGGAAUACUCCUCAAGCCCUAGAGGACAAAUACGGUGGCUUUUUAAGCUCUAAUCUUGUGAAUGAUUUUCGUGAUUAUGCGGAUCUUUGCUUUGAAAAAUUUGGCGACCGAGUGAAGUAUUGGAUGACAUUCAAUGAACCAUGGUCUCUUAGCGGAUUUGCUUAUGAUGAUGGACUUUUUGCCCCUGGUCGAUGCUCAUCUUGGGUGAAUCGUAAAUGUCGUGCUGGAAACUCUGCCACUGAACCUUACAUAGUUGCACAUCAUUUGCUUCUUGCUCAUGCUGCAGCUGUACAAGUAUAUAGAAAAAAUUACCAGGCAACUCAAGGUGGUAAGAUCGGGAUAACACUCUUCACCUUUUGGUAUGAACCUCUCUCCAAUAGAUCAGCUGAUAUAGAUGCUGCUAGAACAGCUCUUGAUUUCAUGUUUGGAUUGUGGAUGGAUCCUUUAACUUAUGGUCAUUACCCAAGAACAGUGAGGGAUUUAGUUGGAGAUAGAUUACUCAAAUUUACUAAAGAAGAAUCUCAAUUGCUUAGAGGAUCAUAUGACUUUCUUGGAUUACAAUACUACACUUCAUAUUUUGCAAAACCAAAUGCUACAAUUGAUCCAAAUCAUAUUAGAUAUAAGACUGAUAGUCACGUUACUGAGACUCCUUAUGAUUAUGAUGGAAAUCCUAUUGGUCAACAGGCUUACUCACCUUGGUUUUAUAUUUUCCCGAAAGGUAUCCGACAUCUAUUGAAUUACACCAAAGAUACAUAUAAUGAUCCAGUAAUUUACAUUACUGAGAAUGGAGUUGAUAAUGGCAAUAACGAAAGCCAAUCCAUUGGGGAAGCGCUUAAUGAUACAUUCAGGAUAGACUAUUAUCGAAAGCAUAUGUGGAAUGCACUGGGAUCUCUCAAGGAUUACAAUGUUAACAUUAAAGGUUAUUUUGCAUGGUCAUACAUAGACAAUUAUGAAUGGAAUAUUGGUUAUACAUCAAGGUUUGGUUUGUAUUAUGUAGACUACAAGAAUAACCUGACAAGAUACUGCAAGCAUUCAUGUGAUUGGUUCACGAGAUUCCUAAAUCUAAAGAGUCGAACAAACAACAUCACCCAAUCUACUUCAAAGAAUUCAAGGAAGGCUGGCAAAUUCUACAUAAUGUAGGCUAUGUGUGCGUCUCUUUCAAUGAAAUAAUAUCAUUGGGCUACUGUUAAGCUCCAGUGAUCUGCCUUAUACUGUAAUAAUUUUUUCGUGAUGUGUCCAUUGCGAAAAUUCUAAGUGUGCCUUGUUGUAUUGCUAUUCUAUGUUUGAAUUAAAUGCAUUUUCUAUA